AUGAAUAAAAAUGUUGCAGGAGCACAUAAUUUGCUCCUAUUAUUGAUAUGUUUCAUCUUACCAGUAAUUGCUAUUCAACCUAGAGAUAUGCACAUGAUGGGUAUGGAUGAUACGGAUGAGUUGACAAGUCCAGAAAUCACGAACGGUGCAACCAAGUCAUUCCACUGGAUUGCUACAGUUUUCUUCUUAUUUAUGUUGCCAGGUAUUUCUACUGCGUAUUCAUUUGCCAAAAAGACUCAUACAGCUGUUUUAUUUCAAUGUAUAUCCGGUGCAUAUGCAUUAUUAGAAGCCAUAAUUUUAAGAUUCCCGGACAGUGAAAAUGUUGAGAACUCUACUUCUAGAGCAGCAGCGUGGAUUGUCCUAGUGCUCACUAGUAUUUCAUUGUUUUUUGGUAUGUUGAGUAGUGGAACUAAACUGGUUAUAUCCAAUAAGAGACUAAAUAAAUUUGCAACUGCGACUGGUGAAAGAACAUUAAACGUGAUACACUCAUAUUUGUCGAUGUUUACAACUAUUGUAGGAUGGGUCAAAGUUUGUCUGGCACCUGUCUCAAUGUUUGGGUUUUGUAGAGAUGGUCACACUGGACAAUGUUUAGCUCACGGAAUUAUGGGAUCUAGUUUUGUACUAUAUGGGUUCAUUUACUCCAUGGUUUUGCAGGUUCCGUGGUUAAGAAAUUCUAAUUCAUCAUAUAGUCAAGAUUAUAUCGACAGUUGGAUUAUGUGUUUAUAUGGUAUUGUAAAUACAUUUACUGAACAUAGAUGGGGUAGAGAAGAAUGGUUUAUGCAUGAUUAUCAACACACUGCAAUGGGUAUUAUAUGGUGGGCUGGUGGUCUCCUAGGUAUUUAUUUAGGCAGACAUAACAAGAGAACUUUCAUUCCAAGUUUGUUAAUUAUUUUUACAGGUUGGUCAAUGACCCAGCAUUCUCAACGAUUAAUAAUAAGUACUAACGUUCAUUUAUUUUUUGGGAUUAUUCUUAUGGUGGGAGGUACAUUGAGAAUAUUUGAAAUUAGUGUCUUGUUAAGGGACAAAAGGUCCGCUGGUGAAAUAUUAUCUUUCCAAUAUCUUGCCCCAUUUUGUCUUGUGUCAGCAGGUAUCUUAUUUAUGGGAGCCACCGAAGAGCAAGUGACAUUGGUGUUAAGAUUGGGUGCAGAUCACAGUUCAUAUAUCUUAGUGGCACUUUCUGGUGCAUUCUUAGUCUACUUCUGGAUCCUUGUUUGUUUGGAUCUUUAUGUCUAUCUAGCGGAAGGGCAUGAUAAAAUUGGAUUUUUAGAUAAGUAUGUUGAUUCUACGCAAGGUAUGGAUACCCCCGCAGAAUUCGAGUUCGACGAAGACAUAAACGACGACCCAAUUGAUGUUAGAUCAGAGAGUUUUGAGAUGUAA